GACGAUCGCCUGGCUGCCGAGAACGCUCUUUGAGAUCUCAGAGACCCACGCAGCUGCCUCGUCAGCGUCGACGGGCCUUGUCGCUGCAGGACGCACGCACCGCCGCCACUCGAGCCGUGCACCGUCACCAUUCAAUGGGUGAUUGCGUGGUUUCGAACUUUGCGAGUUUGAGAAAGCUACUUGGGUCCGUGGGUGCCAAAGUUGACAUGGCUUGCAGUCCAUCGAAGCGAGGACGCAGCAUGAGCGCAGGGGCCACGCCGACAGACUCACGCCAGAUUCGAGCUCAGAAGCAGAUCCUAGCACCAAGUAGCCGAGGAACUAGAUAAGGUCCUCGGUACCUGAAACUAGUCGACGACGAAGGUCAUCGAUUGACCGAGACUUUACGAAUGGCUCGAUCGACGUUAAUAGCUCCUGAUGUUAUGGUUCUGGCUUUGGCGCCAAUCACUCAUUCUUUGAAAACUCCCGCCCUCUGUGAAGUGAGCCAGAGUGUCGUGCAAUUCAAACGCGGCCCAUCACUCUUUGCAUCAAAUUUGGUCACUUUUCCGCACUCGAACAAAUGCCCUCGAUGACACACAAAGCGCUGCACGCAGCGAGCGUGCAAGCCAUGUUGUGGGACGAAGCCAUCUCAAUGGCCGUCGCGCAGGCCGUGGAGCCCACGAAGUCGCACUCCUUCUACCAGCUCGCCAAGCCCGCCAGCAUCCUACUCCUCGACCACGACAGCGACAAUAUCGCGGAGAGCAUGCGUCACCUGCUUGCGUCCCUCGAUGCGUCCCAGACACCGGCGAUCGAGACCAUGUUUCCGACGCCGCUGCCAGCGGAUGCUGGGCUCAAGGCCUUUGGGUUUGUGCGCUCGGCCGGUCAAACCAUCCGCGCCAUGGCUCCUCUACGCGACACAACGGAAGAGUCGCCAUGCCAGCCUGGCCUACGCGUCUGCCGCGUGUUGUCGCUGGAUGAUGCGGAGUGGGCCGACCGCCUUCGCAUCGAAGCGAUCCUCUUUGGGUAUCCACCGACAGGCUACGUCGACCGGCUCCGCGUGGCCUUGGCGCAAAUGUUUUCGCGCGAUGUGCACUGGCUCGCAUACGACGACAAUGCUGUCGUUGGAUACAUGACGUUGCGCUAUACGCGAGGCGUGGCGUACCUCCAAGGCGCCGGUGUUCUUGCGACCCACCGCCGCCGCGGCCUAACGCGGCACCUUCUCUCGCUCGCCAUUCUCGACGCCAUGGACAAGAAGUACACGACCAUGGUCACGACGGGCUGCGACGCACCUGCCGAGGCUACGUGGACGGCCCUCGGUUUCACGCAGGUCGUCGGCACCCUCGAGUCGUACAGCCGGCCGCCGUCGGCCUCUGUCAGCGCCUAGGUACUCCGUUCGUAGUAAAGUAGCGUACUUCAAGCACCUAUUCUCUUUCUCGCCGCUAAUUUGCUUGUACAUACAUCGGUUGCUUGAGC